CUCUCUCUUUAGGGGGCUGACAGGAGCCAGUUUCUUCAGUGUGUUUGAGGGAGCAGAGGAGAAACUUGUGCUGUGUUCUGAGCUGAUGAAAUAGUGUGUGUCGAGCAGAAGGAACAAAUGGAGAACUGUCUGAUGCUGAUGAUUCUGUGUUAUAUGGUAAAACUCAUCACCUCUGACAGUGUGAGUGUAAGGUUGGUGAAUGGCAAUAAUCCCUGUGCUGGUCGAGUGGAGGUUCUUCAUGAUGGUCAGUGGGGAACAGUGUGUCAUCGGGACUGGGAUAUUACUGAUGCUGCAGUGGUGUGUAGAGAGCUGGACUGUGGGACGGCUGUAAAAGCAACACUUAAUGCUCACUUUGGACAAGGAUCAGGAUCAAUUUCAAUGUCUAAUGUAUACUGUAGUGGAUCAGAGACUGCACUGAAAGACUGCCGUUCAGACAGCCGGUAUGUACAGUACUGUAAACAUGAUCAUGAUGCUGGUGUCGUCUGUUCAGACUCAGAGCAAAGACUUCGACUUGUGGACGGGUUUCACCUGUGCUCUGGAAGAGUGGAGAUGCUCCGUACAGAAGGAUGGGGUUCAGUGUGUGCUGCUGCCUUUGACCAGCAGGAUGCAGAGGUUGUGUGUAGAGAGCUGGACUGUGGGGCUCCUGUACAGGUGCUGGGAGCAGCUGCUUUUGGUAAAGGAGACGCUCAGAUGUGGACACAAGAGAUUCAGUGCAGAGGAAAUGAAUCACAAAUAGACAUCUGUCAACGAUCAUCUUCACAAAAGCACAGUUGUUCCCAUGACAAUGAUGUCGGAGUUAUCUGUUCUGGUUGAGUAUAAACAUUUGCCAUCUCUUUAGAUAAAUUACAUACAUACAUAAUAUACAUAAUAUACCGCUGUUGUAUUGCUCAGUUGUCUUGACUGUAGUUUUACACUGUUUAAAUAAGCUGUCACUUGUUUGUCCAGGUUACACUGAUCUCAGGCUGGUAAACGGUUCAGACUCUUGUUCUGGAAGAGUGGAGCUUCAGUUCCUCAAUGAUUCGGGAACAGUGUGUGAUGCAUGCUGGGAUAUGAGAGCUGCCAAUGUCCUCUGUAGACAGCUGAAUUGUGGGAUUGCUGUGUCUGUUGUGGGAUCAGACUGGUUUGGAGAAGGAAGUGGUGAAAUCAGGACUGAUGUGUUUGAUUGUGACGGGAAUGAAACAAAACUCUCAGAAUGUUCCAUCUCUUCAUUUAGUCGAGCUGAAUGUUCUCAUAGUCGAGAUGUUGGAGUCAUCUGCUCUAGUGAGCAACACACCACACUGAAAUCAUGGGUUUCAGAAUAAAACUACACAUUUUAACAAAUGUAGUAUAUUUUAGAUAAACACUGAAUGACAAAUAAAUACUGUCUCCAGACAGUGAAGCUCAUCUGGGGAACUGCAGCUCUCCACAAACUCUCAACUGCAGCUCCACACAACAGCUGUCAGUCACAAACUUUGGUGAGAAAAUCAACUUCUGGGCAGGUUAUUUAGUUGUUAGUAAUCAA